AUGUUGAAGAAAUAUGAUCUUGAAGACAAUGAUUGGUUGAAACAUAUGUUUGAAAUUAAAGAGAAAUGGGCAUUGGUAUAUGGAAGGGAAACAUUUUGUGCAGAUAUGACAACAACACAAAGAAGCGAAAGCAUGAAUAGUGUGCUAAAAAGGUAUGUAACCUACAAGAAUAAAUUUCAUGAGUUUUUCAGUCAUUUUGAGAGGCUAGUUGAUGAUCGUAGAUAUAAAGAACUUAAAGCCGACUUUAGAGCAUAUACAAGUACUCCAGUACUACCAUUUGAUGUUGAUGUUUUGAAACAAGCUGCAAGUGUUUAUACGCUUGAAGUAUUCAAAUGGUUUGAAGUUGAGUGGGGCAAAUCUCAUGAUUGUGGUAUAAUCACCUACAGUGAGGUUGGAACAGUGACAGAGUAUAAGAUCACUCCUAAAGUUCUUAAUGUAAGAAACAUAAUGAAGAUCACUAGUCAAUACAUAAUAAAGAGAUGGACCAGCAAAGCAAAAGCAGGAUAUAUUAGAGACAAUAAUUCUUGCAAUAUCAAUAAUGAUUUGGAUCCGAAAGUGCUUUUUACGAAGCGUUAUAGAGAUUUGUGUAGACUAUAUACUCAAUUGGUCACAAAAGCUGUACAAGCAGAAGAAACUUAUAGAAUUGCUAAAGAAGGCCUUUUGAAAAUGUUGGAUUUGGUUGAUGCAAGGUUAUAUCAAGAGGGGCCUGUAGGAGAUAUUAUAAAUAUUGUAUCUACAGGAUGCAGUAUACAACAUCAUGAACUACAAGAGGCAAAUACAAAUGAGGUGAGCAUGAUAGAAUCUUUACAGUAUCAACAAAAUUAUGGCCAACUAUGCACUUUCAGUUCCAUGAACAUGACUGGCUUGCUCAAGGCACAAGAAUUACAUGGUUUCAGAGGAGCAAAAAUAAAUCAGUUCGAAUUGAAUGACAACUCUUGUACUAUGGGACAAAAAGUUGGAGCUGAUCGCAAUGAAGAGAGAGUUAGAGAAAUAGGUUUUGCAAGACAUAAUAAGAGGUCUCCAACAUUUGCUUCAUGGUGCUUUAGAUCUUUCCUCGCGGAAAAUUAG